AUGAGUGAUUUAGAUCAUCAAGUGACACAAAAAAGUAAGAUGAAACCUACUACUUCACGUAAACAGAAGAUCACAGGAGGUAAAGCCACGAAAGAAACAAAGAAGAUGAUGACCAAGAAGAAACCAAGUCAGAAGAAGAAGAAGAAGAUCAAUGCGUGGGACAGUGACGCGAGAUCUGAUAGUGAGAGUGAUGGCUCAAUAUUUGAUAUUAAUGCCAGUGGAGAUGAGGAAAUAAUAAUGACGGAAGAGACCGAUUCGUCCAAACAAAGUAUUGAGCAGAUUUAUCAGAAAAAAUCACAAUUAGAGCAUAUUCUACUGCGUCCAGACACAUAUGUGGGCUCCAUUGAGCACGUAGAGCAAAAUAUGUGGAUUUUUGACGACGAGAAGAAGAAAAUGGUGAUGAAAAAGAUCAUGUAUGUACCAGGUCUGUACAAGAUCUUUGACGAGAUUAUUGUUAAUGCGUGUGAUAAUAAGCAGCGAGAUCAAUCGAUGAAUACGCUCAAGGUAACGAUUGAUGUCGAGAAAAAUGAGAUCUCGGUCUGGAAUAAUGGGAAAGGCAUUCCUAUUGUAUUGCAUAAAGAGCAUCAAGUAUAUGUGCCAGAAUUAAUCUUUGGCCACUUGCUCACGGGAAGCAAUUUUGAUGAUAACAAGAAGAAAACGACUGGUGGACGAAAUGGUUACGGCGCGAAAUUGGCCAACAUCUUUUCAAAUGAGUUUAUUGUGGAGACAGCAGACUCGAGUACGAAACAACGAUACAGACAGGUAUUUGAAAGCAACAUGGGUAAGAAAAACCCGCCUUCGAUCACCAAGUGGACGCAAAAAGAUUUCACGUGCAUCACGUUUAAACCUGAUUUGAAGCGGUUUAAACUAGAUUUUCUUAACGACGACAUCGUCUCGUUGUUUAAGAAGCGGGUUUACGACGUAGCUGGUGUCUCUGGCAAAGGACUCAAUGUUUUCCUGAACGGCGAAAAAAUUCCCAUCAAGUCGUUUCCGCAAUAUGUCGCACUGUAUCCUGGGUCUUGUGCCAUUGGAGCGGAGAAGGACGCAAAAGAGGAUGAAGACUCCAACCCGGAAGAAAAUGGUGACGAAGUCGACGAUUUUAGCAACGAAAAGUCAAAACAGACAAAAGCCGCCAAGGGCAAGCCGUCAAAUGUUGCGAAGAAUGGAGUUAUUUUUGAAAAGCCGGACGAGCGCUGGCAGGUUGGCGUUGGCAUGAGUGAAGACGGCUUCCAGCAAGUAAGCUUUGUCAACGGCAUUUGUACGACAAAGGGUGGUCAGCACGUAAAUUAUAUCGUAGACCAGAUUACAACUAAGCUUGUCAAUGUGUUGAAGAAGAAAAACAAGGGCGACGCAGUCAAACCGAAUUACAUCAAAAAUCACAUGUUUGUCUACGUCAGUGCACUGAUUGAAAAUCCUGCGUUCGACUCUCAAACAAAAGAAACCCUGACGACAAGAGCCAACGGUUUUGGAUCAAAUUUCAACCUUAGCGACAAGUUUUUGAGGCAAGUGGAAAAAAGCGGACUAGUAGAGAAAAUUCUUUCCUUUGCUGCAUUCAAGCAGACGGCAGAGUUGCGUCGAAAAGGUGGCAGCAGUGGAAAACGAUCACGGCUCACUGGUAUUCCUAAACUGGACGACGCCAAUUACGCUGGCACGGCAAAAAGCAAGGAUUGUACUCUGAUUCUAACGGAAGGUGAUUCCGCCAAAACUGUUGCUGUUGGUGGCCUUGCGGUCGUUGGCAGAGAUUACUAUGGUGUCUUUCCAUUGCGAGGCAAGAUGCUGAACGUUCGCGAAGCAAGUCAUACUCAAAUUUUGAAGAAUGAAGAGAUUCAAAAUGUGGUCAAAAUUCUUGGCCUUAAGUACGGUCAGAAGUACGAGUCUACGAAAGGCUUACGGUAUGGCCACUUGAUGAUCAUGGCAGAUCAGGAUCACGAUGGCAGUCAUAUUAAAGGUCUAGUGAUCAACCUGAUUCACCACUUUUGGCCAUCACUGCUGGUUGUAGACGGGUUUUUGCAAGAGUUCAUUACUCCGAUUGUAAAGUGCAGCAAAGGGCGAAUGAAGAAAGUUUUUUACACGAUGCCUGAGUAUAAAACCUGGCGUGAAAGCACAAACCAAGGACGUGGUUGGGUGAUUAAGUAUUAUAAGGGUCUAGGUACGAGUACGGCGGCCGAGACCAAGGAAUACUUCUCUGAUCUACAGACUCAUCAGAUUGGAUUUACAUACGAAGGAGAUGGUGAUGCGGACAUGAUUGACAUGGCGUUUUCGAAGAAGCGUGUUGAGGAUCGCAAAGACUGGUUGCGAGGCUACGAACCUGGGACCUACGUUGACUACGAUAUCGAUGCUAUGGGCUACACAGAGUUUGUCAACAAGGAACUUAUUCUUUUUUCCAUGGCAGACAACAUCCGUUCGAUUCCAAGUGUCCUCGAUGGGUUCAAGCCGUCGCAGCGAAAAGUGCUAUUUUGCUGCUUCAAGCGUAACCUUCGGUCUGAGCUCAAAGUUGCGCAACUGGCUGGCUACGUUUCCGAGCACUCUGCGUACCAUCACGGCGAACAGAGUUUGCAGGGCUGUAUCGUAAACAUGGCACAAGAUUUCGUUGGAAGCAACAACAUUCACCUUCUGUCUCCAAUCGGUCAGUUUGGUACGCGUUUAAUGGGCGGCAAAGAUGCAGCCAGCUCUCGUUAUAUUUUCACAAAUUUGGAACAACUUACGCGUAGAAUCUAUGAUCCUCUGGAUAAUGAUGUACUGAAGUAUUUGGAUGAAGACGGCCAGUCGAUCGAGCCGGAGUGGUAUAUUCCAGUUAUACCCAUGGUGCUCGUCAACGGCAGCGACGGCAUUGGAACGGGUUGGUCCAGCUCUGUUCCCAAUUACAACCCGCUAGACAUCAUUAAGAGCCUACGCAAGAUGAUUAACGGACAGGAAGUUACUCCACUUGUUCCUUGGUACCGUGGGUUUACUGGUCAUAUUGUGGAGAAAAAUAACUCCCGUGGAACCGACACUGGCAAUUAUAUCGUCCAGGGUCUAUAUGAGGUUAUUGACGACAGCACCCUCGUGAUCUCAGAGCUUCCCGUCAAGUUGUGGACCCAAACGUACAAACAGUUUUUGGAAGGACUGCUUGAGGCAGGCACCAUCAAGGACUUCAAGGAAAACCACACUGACGUGAAGGUGUUGUUUACGAUUACAAUGGAGCCUAAGGUGUUGAGUGAUAUUUCCAAGGCCCCAGGAGGAAUUGUAAAGAAGUUUAAACUUGAGUCUUCGUUGUCGACCUCGAACAUGCAUCUUUUUGAUGGAAACGGUCAUAUCAAGAAAUAUGAUAGCCCCAAAGAAAUUUUGGAAGAGUUUUACAGUGUGCGUCUAGAGUACUACGUCCGCAGAAAGAAGUCUAUGCUGGAGAAGUUGCAGGAUCAGAUCAAACUUCUGUCGAACAAAGCUCGUUUUAUCCUGUCAGUUGUCGACGGCAAGCUGAUCGUGAAUAACAGGAAAAAGCAAGAGCUUCUUGAAGAAUUGAUAGCACAAGGUUACGACCAGAUCGUGCCGAAGUCAAGGAAGAAAGGUGACGACGAGGACUCGGAUGAAUCUAUGGAGGAAGAGAACAACAUGGACGAUGCCAGCAAAGGCUACGACUACUUACUGUCAAUGAAGAUCUGGAGCUUGACCAAGGAACGCGUUGACAAGCUGCGUACUGAGCUUCAGAGUUUUGAGCAGGAGCACAGCGUCUUGGAAGGCAGGACGGUGCAGGAUUUGUGGCUCACAGACCUUAACGCGUUGGAGAAAAUGCUAGUUGAGACAGAAGAAGAACGUAAGAGAAUCGUGUCGCACACACCUAAGAAGAAGAGCGGCAGAGGCCCGAAAGCUGCUACAAAGAAGAGGAAGCAAAAGAACAGACACGACAGUGACAACGAUGACGAUGACCAAGAUUCUGAUUUCGAAGUGAAAGUGGCGAAAAAAGCUCGCACCAAGGCUACGCCAAAAGUUCCAGCAAAGCGGCCGAUUAAGAAAGAAUCUACCGCAAACAAGGCUAAUGGCACAAAAGAGAGGGUGUUAAGUACGAACAAGGAGUCAGAAUCAGGCAGCAUUACUGCAUUUUUUAAGUCCAAGGAGCAGCCGCCAGAAGUUAAGGAGAAAAGCGAAGAAGAGAUUGAAGAGCUUUCACUGGCGGAGCGGCUUGCUCGAAGAGUCAAGGUUUCUCCUACAAAAGCUGCUUCUGCUUCUACUUCUGCCUUGAAAGCAAAACGCUCAACUAAGUCUGCGGUGGCAGUUGAUAUGGCCGGUUCGAAUGUUGACAAGACGGCUGCAAUAGAUGAAGAGGAUGAUGCUUUUGCCAUGGAGUCAGACGAUGCGAAGAAGAAGUCUGUGUCGAAGCCCGUAGCAAAGCCGAAGGUUUCUUUACGUACAGCACCUACUAGAAAACUGCCAGCUGCAAAACCCAAGAAAGUCGCACCAGCUAAAAAGGCUACAGUCGCCAAGAAGUCAAAAAAGUCGCCUCUUGAAGCUAACACUGAAGACAGUGCAUUCAGCGACGACGCAGCUGAUCCUGUGCCAGUUGCCUCUCGUCCUAAACGUCAAGUGCGUACGCAACAGCGCAUCGUCUGUGAUGAAAUCUCAAGUGAUGACAACGAAGGUAACAUGGACGACAACGAGGAGGAAAGUUUUGCAUUGGAUGAUGCUGACGACGACAGUGAUUUCGAGUAA